AUGGACAAGCCUUCUCAAAUCUUUAACUGUGAUGAAUCUGGAUUUGCGGAUAAAACGGAUACAAGCAAAGUCAUUGUGGCUAGUCCAACCAAAUUUCCUUAUAAAAAACAAGGUGGAAGCGGUGGCCGGUCAUAUAAUUCUGUACUAUUUUGCGUCAGCGCAAGCGGAGUUAUUUUGCCGCCGUAUAUAAUCUACAAAGCUAUUAAACUAUAUAGUAACUGGUGUACUAAAGGCCCGGAUGGUACAGGAUAUAAUACCAGCAAAAAUGGAUGGAUGGAGGAAAAUAUAUUUUUCCAGUGGUUUAAGAAUAUGUUUAUUCCAUUAACGGCAACAACACCGAAGCCAAUUUUAUUGCUACUUGAUGGACAUACCUCACAUCAGAGUGUGCGCACUGUAGAAUUAGCUGUUGAACACAAUAUUAUUUUAUUAUUGCUACCACCACAUUCUACUACUAUUCUACAGCCACUCGACGUUACGUUUUUCAAACCAAUUAAGCAGAAGUAUCGUGAAAUUUUAAAUGAAUAUUAUUCUACAUCAGGAUAUAAAAACGUCUCGAAACCUAUAUUUCCUUCAUUAACGGCCAAACUAUUCAAAUCAUCGGCCGUUAGAAAAGUAAAUGUGAUAAAAGGAUUUAUGAACACUGGUAUUUAUCCGCUGGAUAGAACUUUGAUUAAUGAGAAAAAAAUUUUGAAAUGUAACGAAAAAAUUGAAGGUUCUAUUAAUGCUAAUAUUACCAGCAUUCACCAUGGAAAUUCACGAACCACAAGAGAAAUAUUUAGCGCAUCUGUAAAUACCGGCGAGCGGGAUGAAGAAAAUAAGCCAGGCGACUUAAUCCCGAUAAAUCUCAGCACUUGGGAUCAUGAUUCUGAUACCAAUGCGCCAUUAGACUUAUCCCAUCCUAUUAGAUCCACAAUCGAAAUUUCACAGUCGUCGACACCGUUUAGUCCAACUAAAGCUAUAUGUAAUGCUCUUCGUCAUUUUCGUCCGCCACCAACAGAAGAGCCUCCAAUAAAAAAAAUUGUUCUUGAUCGGGAAGCCGGACAGCUUUUGACCGCCGAACAGGUGUUAAAACAAUUGAGAGAAAAAGAACAACUUAAAGCGAGUAUUCAAUCACGAAAAGCAAAACGAACUCCAGCGACGUCGACUCCUAAACGUAAAGUGACGAGAAUCAACAAAAAAGUAGCCUUCAAAGAUGAUCUUUUGGUGGAUACCCAUAAUUCACUGGCGACAACCGGAUCUUCUAAUACAUUACCAUUAUCAGUAUUUGUCUCAUCAAUUUCAUCAUCGACAGCAGUUCACUCUACAUUAACGACAGAUCCUGUCUUCUCUACAAGCACUUCAUUGUUGAAUAUGCACCAACCAUCGUUAGUUGCUUCACAACCUUCUCAAAUAUCUAACGAUCUUUGGAAUAAUACAGGUCUGUACUUCGCAGGAAUCAAAAGAACAAUGUAUUAA